CACCAGGCGGCGGCCACUGAGAAGAACCACUUGGAACGCGAGAAAAUGGUGGUGGAUUUUGGGAACCAGCUGGAGGGCAAAUGCGCGGUGCUGGGCACGCUCAUCCAGGAGUACGGGCAGCUCCAGCGGCGCGUGGAGAGCAUAGAGAACCUCCUCAAGAGCGGGAACUUCUGGAUCCUGCAGCUGCCCCCUGGUGCCAAGGCCCCGGAGGUGGUGUUCCAAAGUGAUACCAUGUGCUUUUCUGCUCAAGAGUGGGCAAACCUGGAGGAACGGCAGAGGGAGCUGCACGUAAACAAGCUGAGGGGGAAGAAUGAGCCUCAGAUCUGCCUGGACUACGCAAUCUCCAAACAUGACCUCCUGUCCCAGCUUCAGAGAGGGGAAGUGUCCUGCAAUGGGGAUGAGGCAGCUUCAAAAGAUGUUCCAGCAGACCCAAGUGCAGCAGACUAUGGCAUUCCAGAGCCGAGCUUUGCAGGCAUUGUGAAGCAGGAGGAAGAGCUGUGUAUGGAGGAGCAAGGAACCAUGAAGGAUGUAGAGUUUACUGAGCCCAGUGCAGCAGAUGAGGCGAUGACAUUCGAACUAGAGCAGCUGCACUUGGAGCAAUGCUCCCAAAGCUCCGAGCGCCCUGUGACUUUAACCAGGGAGCCAGAGGAGCUGCUUUCCCAGGGUCCCAGCAAGGUGCUGCCCUUUGGUAGUCAGUACAGCUCUCCUGUAAAGCAGGAAAACCAGAGCAUGAGCAGCCUGGUGCCAUCCACCCCAGAGGAAGAGGGUCUCAAUGAAAGCAACACUGUCAACUUUCAUGGGCAAAACUGUCCCAGCAAGAGACCUCACUCAUGUUCUGCAUGUGGGAAGGGCUUCUGUCUGAAGAAGAUGCUGAUGACUCACCAGGAGAGCCACAGCACAGAGGACAGCAGUGAGCAUUCUGGAGGCAAGGAGGGCUUCCUGUGCCAGCAGACCCACAUGGAAGAAGACAGGACCCACGUGGUCACGGAGAGGUUCAAGCAGAACCGGAAUGCCAAAGCUUGCACCAGCAUCCCAACCAUGGACAAGGUGUCCAGCAGUCCCAGGUGCCUGGAAAGCAUCAACACCAGCGCUAGCUCUCAGCCAACUCCAAGUGCCCCCCCACGAGGGAGGCCUUACAAGUGUGAUAGGUGUGAUAGGUGGUUCUCCCAGAAGAAAACUCUGGGCAUCCACCAGCGUAUGCACUCGGGCCGGAGCAGAAGAGUCCCUUCGUGCUCGUACUGUGGGAAGAUCUUCAACCGCUCCUGCAGUCUGGACCGGCAUCGGAGGAUCCACACAGGUGAGAGGCCAUACGCAUGCGACGAGUGCCCAAAGCGCUUCACCCAGAAGCAGCACCUCCACCAGCAUGAGAAGGUCCACCUGCACAAGAGGGUCUCUGUGCCUGGCACGAGAUAG